AUGGAAAGCUUUUAUUAUCAGCUUAUUCCCAAAUUGGAGGAGUAUUCUUAUUUGGUCAUUUUGCCUAUUUCUAAUAAGAUUAUAUUUUCUGGUUUAGAAGAAGAUCCAAAGCCUCUUGAUAUUGCCAAAGCUGUUCAUUUGAAGAAAUCCGAGAUUGAAGCUUAUAUGACUUCUAAGAGUGGUAUUCAAGGGAUUCCUGCCAAGUUCUUGAUAGGAAGAGCUCACUAUUUUGUUGGUAUGAGGAGUGUGGACGCAUUUGAGGCUAUCUUCGCUCUGCUCAUUUAUGGAUUGGUUUUGCUCCCCAAUCUUGAUAACUCCGUUGACAUUAAUGCCAUAAAGAUAUUCUUGAUUGGGAAUCCAGUUCUAACCCUUCUUGGAGACACUUGUUAUUCUAUUAACCAUAUGACUUUGAAGAGUGGGGGGAUGAUUAUUUGUUGCACGCCUUUGUUGUACAAGUGGUUUAUUUCUCACUUGCCACAACCUGCUUCCUUUUGGGAUCUCGAGAAUGGAUUAAGGUGGUCACAGAAAAUCAUGGCUCUUACUCACUCUGAUAUUGUAUGGUAUAAUUGUGUUUAUGAUGGGGUGAUGAUUAUUGAUAGUUGUGGUGAUUUUCCCAAUGUACCCCUUCUUGGUACAAAGGGAGGCAUUAACUACAACCCAGUUUUGGCGCGUCGUCAGUUUGGGUAUGCUAUGAGGGGUAAACCAAACAACAUUCAAUUGAGUACUUUCUAUCUCAAGGAAAAUGAAGAUAAUAGAGCUUUCAAGGAGAAGAUUGUUUGUGCUUGGUAUAAUAUCCGUAGGAAGGGAAGAGAAGAAUUAGGAAGGAAAUGUUGUUUCUCCUUGGAACCCUAUCUUCAAUGGGUCCAAGCUAGAGCCCUUGAUCUUAAGAUGUUGUAUCCUCGCCAAGAGCCUUUGCCUAUGACUGAUAAAUGUCCUACUCUUGUUUUUCUUACUGGUGUUGAGAAACUUCAAAUUGCUUUGAACAAGAUGCAACAAGAGAGAGAUGCUUGGAAGAACAAGUAUCAGAUUGUUGAGUUCGAGAAUUCAGAGAUUCAAAAGCUACUGAAGCAUAGGGAUGAAGAAGACUCUUCCAACAAGAAGAGGAAGGCGCAAGUGGAUUUAUUUUCUUCUAGCCCUAUUCUACCUGCUGAUUAUUCUAAUGUUCCUGCUACCUCUGGUGUUUGGAAGAGUAUUAUAGACAACAUAAUGUUAGGAAAAAGGAAGAUGAAGGAAGAGUAUAAAGAAAAGAUCGGAAAGUUAGAAAAUAUGUUAUGGUCUACUGUUGGUUCCUCCUCUGAUGUAGUUCCUUAG